AUGGACAGAGCAAUCCGCUGGUCUCCCUCCUCUACACCCGCAGAACAGCGCUUUCUCUCCGUCGACGUCACAGGAAAGGUCUUCCGGCUGUGCAAAGUCACCUCCUUCUCCGAUGAAGCCCUCUCGCACUCCAUCCUUUCCACGCACACCAAAGUGCCCGCCUUCCGAGCCUUCGAUUGGUCCCCGGUCGACGAGUCCCUAGUCGCGGUAGGGCAAUCCUCCGGCGAUGCGACGAUCCUGCGUAUGCGCGAGGGCGACGACUCGCAGGAGUCCUUUUCCUUCCCUGUGCGACAUCAGAGAUACUGCAAUGCGAUAGCUUUCAGCACGCACGGGCUGUUAGCGGCGGGGUUGGACCGGGUGCGCAAUGACUUUUGCCUGAACGUUUGGGAUGUGAAUCAGCGGUUAGCGAUGAGGGGCGGGAAGGGGCAUGUCGAGCCGCUGAGGAAGCUAGCGAGCUCGGAGCCGAUUACGAGUGUGAAGUUCUUCAGAGAUCAGCCGGAUACAUUGGUGACCGGGGUUAAGGGGCAGUUUGUGAGAAUUUAUGAUUUGCGAGAGGGCCCUGGUUUGCCAUCGCUGCAGUUCCCGACGAGAUGUGUGCAUAAUCUGGCUAUUGAUUGGCUUGAUGAGAACUAUAUCGCGUCCGGGUUGACGUCGAACGAUUCCACUGUCUGUAUCUGGGACCGGCGGGUCGGGGCUCGUCUUUCGGCAGGCGCAACUCCAGGCCUGGAGACAGGUCAGUUGGAGCCUGCGCUUGAGUUCAAGAACGUGAUCGCGCCUAAAUCGGCAAUCUGGAGUCUCCGGUUCUCAAGGACGAAACGAGGCUGCUUGGGUGUGCUUUCCAGCAACGGUCACCUGAAAACUUACAACAUUGUAAAAGAGUACGUCGCUGAGGAAUAUCGCUCGCCAAUUGACCGAACUCUUGGGCAGAACUCCGUCACCAACUACCCAGAGCAGAUCUAUACCAAGUCCGUUCGCGAUGUCUUCAGUCCAUAUGACCUCCCGUCGCGAGGAUACCAGGCCUCCGAACGAGUGGUCUCAUUUGACUUUCUCAAUAUGAGCAGCUCCAAUGAGCCUAGCAUCUUGACGCUGUCAGCGGAUGAUCAGAUAAAGGUUGUUACCGUGAAGCCACCGCCGCCUCCAGUUCGGCUAUCUUCGCAAGGGACACUGGUCUGUGGUAGGCCUGGCGAGCGCCACGACUUCAAGUCCGUACGUCCUCUAGAAACGGAGGGCACAAACAUCGGGCAAAUAGCAAAGAGUCUGCGGCAUGGCGCUCUAGAAAGGCAAGAUGGCCAGGACGAUGAUGGGAAAAGUCGCGCUGUGCGAGAGAACCCUGAACAACAUCUUUCCAGUCGAGAGGGGAGGGAGCGCGUCCUGUCAGUCGGGACGCAGGGCAGUCCCCUUACUGCCCAAGAAGCAUUGACUCUCUUGACAGUGCACAGGCUGCGGUGCAAAGAAGGGUAUCUGUUCAAUGGAAUGCGGAAUAAACUGAUUCUGGCGGAUGACCCGUCGCUGCAGGACUUCUGGGAAUGGAUUGAGCGUGCACGCUCCGACUCUGCGAGUGACUCGAUGAUCAUGAACCACCUGGAUUUGAACUAUCUCGGCGUAUUUGAUGUCUGGACAGGAGAUUUGGGAGCCAGCUUCGAGGCACGUUGGUUGGGUUCCAACGCCGCUCACUACCCUGAUAUCAACGAUACCAUCGUGGAUCUAGUACAGGAAAAACUGAACCUUCCUCCCAUUGAAAGCUUACAAACUCGCUACUCCGAGCAAAGACGUCUUGGUCUGCGGAUAUGCGGCGCAGCGCAGUCACAUCGCGAACUCGAAGAGCUCGUCAAGACGUUGUCGGCAGAGAGCCAGCAUACAAAGGCCGCUGCUUUAGCUGUCUUCCAAGGCGAGCCGAAGCUUGCGUAUCUUGCGCUUCGGAGCCAUACCCCUACGCAGGCGCAUAAACUUCUCGCAAUGGCGAUAGCCGGUGCCGCCAAAGGAACAACAGAUCCUGACUGGGAAGAGACCUGCGCGGAGAUCGCCAAAGAGCUUACUGACCCGUAUGCACGGGCGAUCAUUGCGCUCGUCAGUAAAGGAGACUGGCGUUCUGUCAUCCAAGAAACCACCCUCCCUCUGAAAUACCGCGUCGAGGUCGCUCUACGUUGGCUUCCAGACGACGACCUCACAACAUACCUAACCGAAACAACAAAGCGCGUUAUCCAACAAGGCAAUAUUGAAGGCAUCGUCCUUACCGGUCUUGGCCACUCGGCCAUGGAUCUCUUUCAAUCCUACAUCAACAAAUUCAACGACGUCCAAACCCCCGUCCUCGCCAUGUCCCACACAGUUCCCCGCUUCGUCAACACCCCCGCAAACAAACACCGCUUCGAGACAUGGCGCGAGACCUAUCGCUGGCAAAUUAAUUCUUGGAAGCUCCAGCUCGAACGCGCCCGCUUCGACGUUGGUUCCCGCAAAUUCGCCGCCACCUGGGACGGCCGCCGCCUCAUCGAGCCACCGCGCCAGCAAGUCAGUCUGACCUGUAACUACUGCACACAGCCAUUAACCCAGCACGACGCCUCCUCCCAACUAUCCCCAUCCACCAGUGGAGAAAUUGUCCACGCGACUCCGGGCAACCCGCUCGGCUCGGCCGCCAUGUCCGGCACGAUCUGCCCACGCUGCGGGCGCCACAUGCCGCGGUGCGGCGUGUGCACGCUCUGGCUAGGCUCUCCGGAUCCGAUGUCCAAGGCUUGUGUCGCGGCGGAGACGGCGGCGAAUCACCACAAGCUUCCCGAGGCGGAAAUAAUGCGGCGAUUUAUUGUUUUCUGCAUCAACUGUAACCAUGGCUUCCAUGCGCAUCAUGCGCGAGAGUGGUUUGCCAGACAUAAGGUCUGUCCGGUAGCAGAGUGUAGUUGUAUUUGUGAUCGAUAA